AAACUGUGUCGCCGAAUUAUGACGUCCUCUUUACCCGCUAACCGAGAGGAGGCAGGGAAGUUUAGGUCCGCCGUCCAUCCCUAAUCAACAAUGGCCGAGGAAGGCGUUGCCGCCGGAGGUGUGAUGGAUGUCAACACCGCGCUCCCUGAAGUGCUGAAGACCGCACUCAUCAAUGACGGCCUUGCCCGCGGUAUCCGCGAGGCUGCCAAAGCCCUGGACAAGCGCCAGGCCCACCUGUGCGUCCUCGCUGCCAACUGCGACGAGCCCAUGUACGUCAAGCUAGUGGAGGCCCUUUGCGCCGAGCAUCAGAUCAACCUGAUUAAGGUUGAUGACAACAAGAAGCUUGGCGAGUGGGUUGGUCUGUGCAAGAUUGACCGAGAGGGCAAACCCCGUAAAGUGGUGGGCUGCAGCUGCGUUGUCGUCAAGGACUAUGGCAAGGAGUCUCAAGCCAAGGAUGUCAUUGAGGAAUACUUCAAAGCCAAGAAGUAAAAGACAAUAAAAGUUUGAAACUGAAAA